UUGUGAGCUUGUGAUGUUUCAUGUUCUGACAAUAGGAGGUAAAAAUGUUAUGAAAAUCAUGAGAACCCUAGAACUAAAAACAAUCGUUCAGGAAAUUACUGUUUAUGCAUACAAAGGUGAAAAGGUGAAGCAAGCUCUCAAAAGAGAUGGUCGAUUUCAGAAAACUGUAUUCAACAAGAACUGUGCACUCUCUCACACAAGCACUCACGUGACCACAGAAAUGUCCAAUCUCGUUGAUCAUCUUGAUGGUAACAGUUACAGGAUCAUACUGCUCAAUAAAUCUAAUCCACCAGACAGUCAGCCAGGCAGUCUGGAUGAUGCUUACAUGAUGCCAAAUGAGUCUCAGAGAUCUGAAUCUGAUGAAAACCAAGAUCCUUCACAGCAGACUACCACAAGCGAGUCAGUGAAGAACAAAUUCCCUAAACAGGAACCAAAUCUAAAUGGCAAUACAGCACCAGAAGAAAUAAUACGUGAAAUACCCCACUCAGCGGUGAUGCAGAAUCACUUGUCUUCACAGUUUAAUCGUGUGGUGAAAGGGAGGAAAACUGUUUCUAAGCUUUCUCGUGUGCAGAAUCUCUUGCGGGUGGAGUUUGGGCAGAAUGUUCAGACGUGCACAGAAGUUAAAACGAUGAAGAAAUUGAUGGAUUUUAGUAAUUCUGUUUGUCAUGUGAGAAUAAAUGGGAGCCCAGUCGGAAGUGGCUUUCUCCUAUUUGACAAGUUCGUCCUCACAAACGGCCAUGUAAUCAAAGACAUUUAUAAUGAUAAUAGGCAGCUUAAUGGGGAGAUCACUGUCCAUUUCUCUUAUGAAAGUCUAGACCCGAUGGAGAAAGGACAAGAGUCAGGAGUAGUGAAGGUGGAAGAGGUCGCUGGCUUUGAAUAUUGUCCCGAUGUGUCAGAGCACAUGUAUGACUGGGCUCUGUUAAGGCUCAGUGCUGAUCAGACACUGCCCAAUGGUCUGUUAAAACACUUUGGAUUCCUUCCCCAAAGCGGUGGAGUUUGCAUCAUUGGGCAUCCUUAUGGUGGUGUGAAAAAAAUAGAUCCAUGUGUGAUUAUUCCACCUGAUAACCGUAACCAGGUUGUGGAGAAGAGUUACCAUGAAAAUCAAGGGCACAUUCAGUUAGUUACUCGUCAGUUCUUUGAUGGAGUGGCAGGGUAUGUUCAACGUAACAGUGAGGUUCUAACUUACCAGUCUUGUUUUUAUCAUGGCUCAUCUGGCUCGCCUGUCUUUGAUAAGUACUGUAGAGUUGUUGCAAUGCAUUCAGGGGGAUUUACCUACCCCGAUGCAAGAGGUGACACAAAGAGUGUAAUAGAGUUUGGCUAUCGUUUGUCUGACACUAUUGAACACAUCAUUGUCCAGCUGGUGGAAAGAGGAAGGCUUGAUGUGUUGAAGGCCUACCUCGCUUACAGUUAUCCGCACCAACAGGACAUGAUGAGCAGUGUGAAGAAACUGGUUGAGAGCAGAAACUUCCCAGCAUUUAGAAAUACAGUCAAAAACACAGAGGCCACAAAUGAUGAGAGUUUGAAGAUGUUUUUUGAUUUCUUCUCUCAGAAAGAGGAACCUGUCCCGAUGGACAUUAGUGACGUGUAAACAGACACUGUUAGCUACUGACAGGAAGAUACAGUCACAGCAGUUUCAGCAGAGAGCAACAAUAGCUUUCAUGUCUCUUUUCAUACCGGUAUAUCUGGAUAUUUUUGUUGUUAAACACCUACAGCAUGCAGGGAUUGGUGGAGGGAUCUGAUACAAAACUUAAAUAGCUACAAUAACUUUUUGGAUAAAGGGAGCUAUGUUUUCUCAUAGUAAUUUUUAGCCAGACAUUGGUAACUUUAAAUGCUUGUUUUUGUUGAUGCUGUACUUUUCAUGUAAAAAAAAAAAAAGUGAUUAUGGUAUCUUAUUUUUUAAACUGUCAUUAUGAGCCACAAAAAUCCAUCAUUAUCUAAAUUCUUCCACUUGUACUGUAUCGUUGGACUUCAAGAUUUUGAUUUAAUUUUUGUUUUUGUUUUUACAUUUAACAAUAUUAGAGUUAUACUGGAUAUUGUAUUUGGUUAUGCUGUAUGUUGAUUGCUGUUUUGAAUUUCUUGAAGUGAGAAUUUCAAGGGAUCUCAUCUGGUUAAA